AUGGACGCGCAACCUUACCGACCCCUCUCCGGGCAACACGGCGUCGAGCGCGUACCGUACGAACCGUUUUGUUGCGCGUCGGACAAGGCACGCAUCCGCAAAGCCAUCACCUUUACGAUGCGCACCGAGAACGGGAUAUCUCCGCGCCCGCCGACGAUAAUUGACUCCAUCUUUGGCGACCACAAGUAUGUCCGCGAGGGCAUGCUAAACCCUGGCAUCGACGAGAUCGCUCGUGUGGUGGGUGGAACCCCGCUGACAAUUCAGCUGCUCAUUAGGUGGCCCGGGUUCCCUGAGCGCUACUUUGAGAUCACUAUGCCUACGGAGCCGCCUGAAGCGGAUUCGCGCGCAGAGCUGCACUACCGCAUCGGCGGCGCGUACACGCAGUACUUCAAUGCAGCCACAGACGAGAAUUGGCAGUCGACGGAACCGGACUGGGACAUGGGGUCUCCGCGGACCGAUGUAAGGAUGCUCACGGUGGUCGCGCUGUGGCAUUGUGGCGGGGAUGUCUUCCAGGCGGAUGUCGACUGCCACGAGGCGUUCCCAAUGGCGCCCAUGGUCUGGAACUGA